AUGCCCCAAGCGCCGGCGCCAGAGAAUGGAGGGACGAGUCGCGAUCGAAGCAGGCAGAGGGCCAGGACAGAGGUAGGCGCAAACAAGAGCAUGUGGAACCGCCUGAGCUUCAAUAAGAUUGGGAACUGGCUGAAGCGUGACGAUGACGAACCAUCAUCCCCGACAAAGACUAGGCCUGCGAGCUCCGGACAAAAGGAGAGCGACAGGCCGCACUCAAGCGGAGGGCUGCUGCACAGGAGAGGCAGCAGAAAGGUCGUGCCAGGGCUGCCACGGCCGCUGACGUUCAAGCGCAUGCAGAGCGAGAUGAGAGACAAGCUGCUCGAAGUGCCGCUUGAGCCCGAGCAAAGGCGCGCUACGUCUGCAGACCGCAAGCCCUCCAUUGUCUCGAAACGCAACCCCUCGCCCCCACCCAUAUCCAUACCUUCACAGUCAGCGCCCGACGUCCUGAGCGCACACGAGAGCGAUAUCCACAAAGAAGAGAAGGAAAAAGAGCAACAACAGGUGCAGCCUACAAUAGGCGGUGGACCCGACUCGAACAUACCCGCAGGCGCAAGACAGAUCGAUUACAGCAUCGAGAACCUUCCAGACCCUGAGCCUGCGAGUCUCGCACCACCGAUCGGCCUGGACGACUCGUUCCACGGAUACGCUUCACCUCCCUCGGUCUCUGAUGUCGACGAUGUACGGUUGCAAGAAGAGCUGGAGGCAAAGUGGAUCCUGAACCUCAGCAUGCAUUUCAGAGACAUGUCAGACCGAGAGAAGUUUUUUGUCACCUAUGCAGAAGAACGAAACAAGUGGAGAAGAGUCACCGUCUCUUGCGAUUACCGCAACCUCGAGACGGACUCGCUAGAGUACGACCUCAAGACACUGCACUACCAGCGAGACAAGAGUGCUAGGAUAUACGAGGCGAUUCGCGACUCCUUGCUGGACAUUCAGUUCUACGACACGGUCACAAAUCUGAAGCUCGAGACAGCUGACGGUCGCCUCCACGUUCACGUUACCGAGGAUAUCAACGAGAUUAUUCCCUAUCCCUCGAUCUCAGCGAUUGCGCAUCUCGACUACGAACGUUUCAAAGAGAAGGAGGUGGACUUCGAUUCCCACAUCUCUGGUUUCGUGUACAAGGUUGGAGUGGGAGGCCGCACAUACAUCAAGAAGGAGAUCCCGGGGCCGGAUGCCGUCGAUGAGUUCCUCUAUGAGAUCAAUGCGCUCAGUAGCCUGCAGAACUCAAACUCCGUCAUUCAGUUUGAAGGCGUGAUUGUUGACGAGUCUGGCCAGCUCAUCAAGGGACUGUUGAUCAGCUACGCAAAAGAAGGCGCGCUUGUCGACAUGAUCUACGACUUCAGGAACCAGCUUUCCUGGGAGCGGAGGGAGAAGUGGGCCCGUCAGAUAGUGGAAGGACUCUCAGAGAUCCACGAAGCUGGAUUCGUACAGGGCGACUUCACUUUGUCGAACAUCGUUAUCGACCACAACGACGAUGCAAAGAUCAUCGAUAUCAAUCGUCGCGGGUGCCCGGUAGGCUGGGAGCCACCUGAGUUGGCAAGGCUCAUCGAGAGCGGCCAAAGGAUCUCGAUCUACAUAGGUGUCAAGUCAGAUCUUUUCCAACUAGGCAUGGUGCUCUGGGCGCUUGCGGAGCAACAGGACGAACCAGAACGCCAGGAACGGCCACUGAUCCGGACCUUGAAGCGCCAGGCGAACAUACCCGAGUAUUACAAAGACGUCGUGGGAGCUUGCCUUAGCGACAAGCCACGUGAUCGCCUGUCAGCCAAGGCAUUGUUGACCAGAUUCCCGGAUCCUGUCGAUAUAGAUGACUUCAGACCGAGGAUUGCGGUCAGGGAUAGUCUGUCCUCACACAGAAGUGACAAAGAGUACAUCGACCCCAAGAUGGCUGUUGACCACAACGACAUCAAGCAGCACAACGACAUCAAGCAGCACCACGACCUCAAGCAGCACCACGACCUCAAGCAGCACCACGACCACACGCAUUCGAAAUCGUCGUUUGAGAACGUCAACAGGCCGUCCACAGACUACGUCCCCUCAGCUGGAUCAUACAUCCUACCGCACAGCGAGGUAAGACGUGGCCGAUCAUCCGAUCACGCAAGAAGCCGGAGCAGACACCGACAGAGUGACUACUCGCCAUAUCCUGGUCACCAGUCGAUCAUGUCUCUCGAUGACUCAGAGAUGGAUAACGAUCUGGUGAGCCUACCUGCAAGCCGCGAGACAAGAUGGCAGCAGGUGUAUGUGGAUGGCGACACCAAGCUUGUUCAACGCGGCGGAGGUGAAGCAAGCAUGCACGACUUCGAAGAUCAAGAUGCUAAAGAGAUAUACAUCACGCCUGGAACCCUUGCUAGCUCCUACGUGGGCAGCAAGUCGAGUGAUCAAACGCCACUCAACCAUUCCACGGUUCUCGACGUAUCUCCGAUCCAGUCACCACUGACGCCUUCACACGGCCAGGUCCCUGACCACAACAGAACGGUGGUCAGCAAGCCAUCCUUCAGCGAUUGCAUGCAUCAGCUCGCGCAGAAUCAGACAGAGGAAGUUGUGCCUAACCAACGUCACGACGUAGACGAGCCUCGUCAUGCGCCUGACACAGACUUCCUCGCAGAGCUCGAGCGUGAAUUUGAGUACGACUCAGCACCAAGCUCGCUGGCACCGUCUCGUAUCGGUACCGGCUUUUCUAUAUUCGAUCGUCCAGAGCGCAACUAUAGAGUGGGCACUGGCUUCACCACCUUUUCAGCUGCCACGAACUUCAACUCCCCACUUCGUCAAGACACAGGCUUUGCUGAACCUUCGAAGCAAUCAUUCGACACCGAGCCAAUUCGAAAGAGCAUCGACGAGAGCAUGCGAGACAUACAAACAGCGACGGUGGAGGGACACCGCGUCAACGAGAGACCAUGGGAACCCAAACAAGAUAAAGUGAUUGGCUUUGUUGAAGGUGUGAGAGCACAUGAACUCCGACCAGGGAUCAACGAUCCGAUUGCGCAGCCAUUCGUCACAAAGUCAAAUCAGGCAAAAGCAUCGAGGAACCCGCCGUCAUUUGAAGCGAUCGCACCGAGCCGCAACGACACACGCAACCUCCACCCACCACAAAACAAGUCACUGGAGGAGAAGAUAUCGAACACAACAAUUCGUCCAACUGCUUCCCCUCCAGCUGCCGCACCUCCCCUGGCUCCGGCUCUCGACAACCACAGCCGCGCAUACGGCACGGCAGCACCAUCGAGCAGUGCGGCAACACAACCAUACCACGACACUAAGGCGGUCUUUGAACCAGUCGCCACACCACAGUACGAGCACGAGUAUUUCCAGCGGCUACGUACAAACUCAGACCUCAACAAUAAGAGAUCGCAGGAUCUUGAGGAUUACCUCAGCGUGCACGACAUCGACACGCAUCACGACAUACCCUUACCAGUACAUUGUUUAACUUCUCCUUCGCUGGCUGUGGGGCUUCCAUCUGCGGGUGCAUCCUCCCAUGCUGAAGGCGCUCUAGCCGAAAGCUGGGAGGCGGGGCGCAACGAAAGUACAAUGUCUUUAUUAUCGACAUGUAUCGAGGAAUGUAACUCUCCGACAUGCGAAUACAAUGGAGCUGGAUACCCUUGGGCAGUGAAGCUUGGACAAGGAUCCCGCCAUCUCAGGAACGAAUGUCGUACGCGAAGCUUUCUCGAUUUCCCGGAUGAUGGUGACAGUGGACUUAGUGAAGAUGAAGCAUCAAUCAGGAAUCUGGAACUGGUGGAAUACCCCGAUUCGUUACCUCACGUAAACGCCUCAAGAUCCGUCGUUCCUAUACUGAUAUCGUCACGUCCCUCUUAUGGUAUGCUUCCCAUUAAAGCAGACAGUAUGCGCAAUGGGCCUUUCUGGGAUCUUCGUAGGUUUGCUCCACCUGAAGCAAGCGCCUCAUUCGUCACUGCGCCAUCUACUAUGACGACGAACACAUAUGAUUCGGCUAUAUCGACGUUCAGCUCUAGAGAAGACUCCAUGCCAUUCGCGCUACAUGAAGAUCAUGCAUACGCCAAACUACUGCGGACGCAUAAACUGUGGCCUGUCGGUCCGGACGAAGAGCUUAAUUGGUCCGGAAGAGGCCAACACGCCGACUUUGGACUUCACGAACGACCGCUACUGAACGAGAUUCUUACAUACGAGGAAACUCUCGGCAUUGCAAGCACAGCGACUGUGCAGAGCGUCAAAUGUCGGAGGAUUUUGUUGGCCAGAAAGACGAUUAUUUGCAAUAAGCGACAUAGAAUGACAAGAGCUGAAGCCAUUGGAGAGGUCGCGCAUUUGUCUCGGUUAAAGCAUGCGCACAUUCUUCGCAUGAUUGGAACAUACGUGAUCGGCUUUGAAUUAUCAAUCCUGCUUUACCCAGUCGCGCAAGACAACCUCGCUACUUUCCUCGACUCGAUUCAGGAUGCUGUCGACGCGCCCAGCGCUUUCGAAUCCAGGUCCAUUGUCGUUCGCAAGGUCGAUGCGACUCGGAAAUUCUUUGCAUGUCUAAGCGGAGCUGUGUGCUACAUACACUCGCAACUUACCAAGCACAUGGACAUCAAACCACAGAACAUACUCGUUCGAGAAGGCCUGGAUCGAAGGUUCCAGAUAUACAUUGGCGACUUCGGCGUCGCGCGAUCCUACCAGGACACACAAGACAUCGUGACUGAUGGGCCAACGUCAUUUACUCGCAAGUAUGCAGCGCCAGAAGUCUUACAGCAGGAUCUACGUGGAUUGUCCGCAGAUAUAUUCUCACUAGGAUGCGUCUUUAUUGAGAUGAUAGAGACUGUGCAAUACUUUUAUACCUGCGCGGAUCAGAAAAAUAACCCGCCAGCAGAGCACAACCGGCUCGCCCAACAGCUCAUACAGUCGCGCGAAAUCACAUCGUACGAAGCGAGCAUCGAUUCGAUGCAACAGCACCUGAAAAAUCUAUUCCAGCAACGGGAGAAAAGCAGCGGUCGAUCGAAACCGUCACCGUGUCACUCAUGGCCAGCUGUCAUCUCCGACGGCGAAAGAUUCCUAGUAGAAGAGAAGACUUUGACAAACCGGAUGACACGAUUGAUUGCCUGCAUGAUCCAUGUCAUUCCCGAGAAUCGCCCGGUCGCAGAGGAAUUGCAGGCGUAUCUGGGCGUGCUGUCCUGCUGCAGAGCAGGGCAGGUCUCAUUAGAGGCCCAACAAGACGCCAUGGCCGAAUGA